AUGCCGCCCAACGAAGCAAUUAUAGAGCAAGCGAUCGCUCAAUUGAAUCGACAAUUGAUUCCUAAAUAUGCUGAGGUUGCAAAGGAAUUCGGAAUCAAUCGCGUUACCUUGAUGCGGCGGUUCAAAGGUCAACAGGUCUCCAGAACAGAGGCAACAUCAAUCUACUGUCAGAAUCUCACGAAUACUGAAGAACAACGCCUCCUAUUUCAUAUUAAUCAGUUAUCCGAUCGCGGCUUCCCUGUGACACCUCAAAUACUGCGCAAUUUUGUAUUUGAGAUCACCAAAAUGCAAUUGCAGGAGAAGAUCAAGCAGUAUAAUAUCCUACCCCAGAACACCUACAAUUUCGAUGAAAAGGCUUUCUUCUUGGCCUCCUUCGUACCCUCAAGCGAAUCGUUUCUAUAG